AUGCAAUAUGAUCCUGGUACUCUCUUAGUCAUCGGCCAGUUAAAAUACUUCAUCCUCUUGGGUUAUAUACAAGAUAAAGGUGACAGCAUUUGGGACAAAUAUGUUCACGACCACCCAGAAAUUAUAUCAGAUGGUAGAAAUGGUGAUAUAGCUUCCGACUCCUACCACCAGUACAAGAGAGAUGUGGAAAUGUUGAGGGAAUUGGGUGUGGAUUACUAUAGGUUCUCAAUAUCUUGGAGCAGAGUUUUGCCUGGUGGAUUCUCGAAUAAAAUAAACGAAAAAGGUCUCGAAUACUACGACAAAUUGAUAGAUGAAUUAUUGAAAUACAACAUAAAACCGAUGAUAACUUUAUACCAUUUUGAUUUGCCACAAACGCUCCAAGAUUUUGGAGGUUGGGCCAAUCCAUUGUCAAUACAAUGGUUUGAAGAUUAUUCAGCUGUGAUCUUUAAAGCAUUUGCACAUAAGGUUCAAUAUUGGAUAACCAUUAAUCAACCAAAUUCUAUAUGCGUGGAAGGUUACGGUCAGGAUUUGAUGGCACCAGCAAUCGAGUCAAGUGGAAUCGCUGAUUAUAUGUGUGUAAAAAAUGUGCUGCUUGCCCAUGCGAAGGCUUACAGGUUAUAUGAGAGGGAAUAUAAGAAGAAGUAUAAGGGAUCUGUUGGCAUAGCGCUUGCAUUAAACUGGGCAGAUCCAGUCAACAACAGCACGGAAAAUGUUGAAGCUGCGGACAUUUACAGAGAAUUUAUGAUCGGUCUCUACAUGAAUCCUAUAUGGUCGAAAGAAGGUGGGUUCCCCAAAAUGGUGAUUGAGAGAGUACAUCAGAACAGCUUGAAGCAAGGAUUCAAGAAAUCUAGACUACCCACCCUUAGUAAGGAAGAAAUUAGUCUUUUGAAGGGGUCUUCAGACUUCGUUGGAGUGAAUCAUUAUACGACUGUCCUAGUGAAGAGUACGGACAAGUUAAUAACAGCGCCAUCUAUCGAGGACGACAUGCAUGUUGAGCUCACAUACAGAACGGAGUGGAAGAACGCGACAUCUAGCUGGUUGAAGAGCGUACCCUACGGUAUAUACAGGGUGUGUGUAUAUCUCAAUACAAAGUACGACUACCCUCAAAUGUUUGUGACGGAACACGGCUGGUCUACGGGACCAGGGUUGAAAGAUCACACGAGGGUUGAGAACUUGAGGCUGUACUUGAAGGCUUUACUGUUUGCGUUAGAAGAUGGCACGGACUUGAGAGGUUAUACGACGUGGAGUCUGAUGGACAAUGUGGAGUGGGUCGCUGGAACUAGGUACGAAAGAUUCGGUCUUUAUGAAGUAGACUUCGAAUCAGAGAAUAGAAAUAGAACAGCGAGACUAUCAGCCCUGGCGUAUAAACGAAUCAUAGAGAAGAGGAUCGUUGAAGACGAUUAUAAACCGGACAAUUUAAAAAUAUCGAUAACCAACAGAAAUAUCAAGACGGAACUGUGA